AUGUUCCUCCUCAAGUUGUUGGAGGUGGAAGCCCCAACAGAUGUGCCAGAGAGACCAUCAGCUCUGGGUAUGCUUUCUCCGGAAGGCUAUGCGCAUGCUGCUCUGUAUGCGGCUGCCAGAGACCUCCCAGAGCACAAAGAGGAAUGGCAAAUUGUGCUGAGGUCAGUCCCAUUCUGCUUUGUGGCUGGCGCAAAAAACACUUGGAUUCUUUCAUGGAAUUGCCGCAACCAGCUCACACAGGAGUAUGAAUCUCUGAGCCGAUCAGCUUUGCAGCAGGCCACCGAGAUCAGCAUGCUGAAGAAGCGCAUGGAGUCCGAUGUAGGACGAACUCUUCAACCAGCGGAGCUCGUCAAUCAGUUGAAGCAAUUUGGCCUCAAGAAAGCUUCUUCACAGGAUGAUCUCACCACAAAUCUAGUGCAACUGGCAACCCAGGUGUAUGAGAAGAUGAAAGGCCCCGAGAUGCUAGGUCCCAUCCUAGCCAUGGAAGAAAAAUUUGGAACAAAGUCUUGCUUCAACUCCCUCAGCAAACUGCAUCUCUUGGCAACCAAAGCUGAACCCAAUCGGCGGGUUUGGGUGAUGCAGGGAAUCUAUGACUGGCUCGUCCGCAGUUUGCUGACGAACGAUGAGGUGACCAAGAACACUCUCAGUGGUGAUCGCAACACCUGCGGUUUGAUUCCGCUCCUGGAGUUGAAGAUGCUUUGCCUGGGAACAUUGGCUCUCAUCCAUGAUGGCCCGCGCCAACAUCCUGGAGAAGGACCGGGCAGUGAUCCGCCGAGUCUUGCAGGACCAUGCUUCGUAUCGGCAGGAGAUGCUGGGCUCAGACGUCUCAUGGCAAGGCAAUCUCGCCCGCAGCUCUUUGGGGGCAUUGCAGAGGAAUGGUCCAAGGUCAUUUCUAUCCGAGAAAAUGAAGUGGCAGAGCAGAAGGUGCGGGACAAGAUGGAAGACCAGGAGGACGGAGACGCCCCGGCAGAGACCGCUCUCCAUCAAAUGCGUCGGGCAGCCAAUGAGUUUGUGGAGAACAGCCAGGAGUAUUGGAACAGUUUGGCGAGAGCUGACCAACUCUUGCCUCAAAGAUGUCAUUGUGCCGGAGGGCCAAUUGGCCUUCGGAGGCUGCAGCCCUUGGACGGGAACGGUGAAAUCAAGAGCCUCAUCCAAGCCACGAUGCUGGCCCGUGGGGCCCAAGUGAAAAGCGACCAAGGGGAGAUAACGGUCCCUGCUCCCGGAGAGAUUGUGUGCUUCCACGCAGCCUCAGACAGACCAGGAGCAAUCUCAGAGUUGCGCAAGAUCUUUCGUUUUGCUGCAGCGACAAGAGGAUCAGAGGCCUACAGAUGCGACAGCUACUUGCACUUGUUCAGCGGUUUGACCCUGAUUCCUGGCUUAGUCCCAGAGAAAAGAAGGCUGCACUAUGACGGAUUCAACACAGGGAAUGUCAUGGGGUGGGUGACAUGUCUCCAGCCGAAUUCCUUGUGGGAAGCUACCCGGAAAGACAAGGAGAAGAUUCUGGGCCCCAAGGCGUUGAAGCUCACGACCGCUGAGCAGAUCAGCCUGAACAAGGAGCAGCAAGCGGUUGUGGCCAAUGAUGCUCGGGUGGAGUCCGUCUUCAGCGCCGGGCGCCUCCCAACCAAGUUCCACACGGACUUGCUGCACAGCUUGUGCUGCAAUGCUGUCAUUGACUUGUUCGCAGGGCAAGGAGAGAUGGCCCAGGCAUGCUUGGACACACGCACCCCCAUUGUGGCAUUUUGCUGCACCGAAGCGCACGCGGAGGCGCUGGAAGAGAGAUUGACCAAGUAUGUGCUGACCAAAUUUACGGAAAAGGGGCACACUUUGCAUCGCGAGGAUGCAAAAAAUAUGAUGGUCAGCGCUGAUGGUUUGACCUCGGUGGCUGCUGGAAGCCCCGAUGGUCUGACCUCUGGGCACAAUCCUGUGACUUUCCGCAUCAAUUGUGAUGAGGUCCCCACCGUCGACACCUUGAAGGGCAUCAUCCAGUGGUACAUUGAGAGGGGCUGCCAGGAGGUAGGCUUGCAGCCAUUCCCCCACCGCUUGCCCAGGUCCCACUGGGCGCUGCAUUCAGGCAGGCGUGCGACCCCCUGGAACAUGCCCUGUUCUUACCUGAGAACAGAGGACAUGCCGCUCCGCUUUUCGUGGCAUGAGUGGAGCGAGAGCUAUCGCCUUCACAGCCAGGGGGCGCAUGUCUUGGUCUGA